AUGAUGUAAAUUGGAUAAUAGUAGGCUAGCUAUUAUAACUCAAAUUCUCUUAAGUCAAAAUCAAGAAUAUUGCUAAAUCCUAUAGUUUAAUCCAUUUCUAAUGUAUAAUCACUCAAUAAUAUCUCUUAAAACUGUAAAGUUUAAGAUCAUUUAUUAUAAUUCCAACAAGGCUAUAAUAAUGCAAUUGAUGAAACUAUCUAAUCAAAUUCUAAUUGUCCUUCUAAUAGAAAUUAUCAAGAAACUUUUUUCAUAAUUAAAAGUUCUCGUAAAAAUGAUGGAAAAUAUUAAAAUUUAAAAUUAUAGAGUACAAGUCUUUAGAAAUCUUAACCUAAAGGUAUAUUGAAAUAGAAAAGUAUUUUUAAUCAAUAAAAUUUUGAUAUGACAACUUUUAAUACUAAUGAUAUCACAUUAUUGAACACCAAACGAACUAAAUUUUUUAAUUAAAAACCUUCUUUGCCAUCUUAAGUAUCUUUCCAUCCUUUUUUAUCAGAAAACAAUUAACUUAAAAGAGUUUCUUUUAGUAAUUAGAUUCAUUUUAAAAUGAUUGAUGAAAAUAUCUGCAUUAAACAUAAACGAUAUGUAUUAGCAGAUCUUAAUGAUAAAAUUUGA